AUGGCAGAGAGGAGGGGACGCGGACUCUCGUCCCAUCUGGUGCAGGUACUUACAGGCCAUGGUUGUUUCGGCCAGUACCUGUACUGGAUUCAGAAAAAGCCCACCACCCGAUGCCAUCACUGCCCGGUGCUCGAGGACACGGCGCAUCAUAAGCUGGCUGCAUGCGAGGCAUGGGGCCAGCAGCGCCGUGUCCUGGCCCGUGCGGUGGAAUGCGCGGAGGAGGCCCUCUCGCUCUUGCGCAUGGUCCAGGCCAUGUGUGGAAGCGAGGAGGCAUGGGAGACGGCGGCCUUCUCGAGAGACGUAAUGUCCCGGAAGGAGGCCGCCGAAUGGGAGCCCCGUUCCGAUACCCGUCGCAACGACGACAGGGAAAGCGGCGACGCUUCCCGGGUCUAG